AUAUUAAUAGCAAAGUCGCCCAAUGGGUCUCCAGGCAGUACUCCAAAAUCGAGAAAGAGCGGAUUCUUUGGCAGCAAGAAAGAAAAGAAAGGCACCAAGGGCAAGCUGGACAAGACGCAGAUCGGUCUACCCUCCAACUUCCGACAUUUGGGCCACAUUGGAUGGGAUCCCGACAAGGGCUUCAAUGUAUGUGCCCACUGUGUUUUGCAUCUUCCCUGCAUCAUCAAGGUGUAUUUCACUGACAUGCAACCAUAUUACUUCCUUGCACACGACUAGGUCCAGAACAUCGAUCCCGAGUGGAAGAAUCUAUUUGAGCAAUUGGACAAGAUGGGUGUCAGCCAGGAGGAUAUCCAGAACAAUGCCGAGUUUGUGAACCAGUUUGUGCAGUCGCGCGGCGGGCCUGGUGCAGCAUCCAAGCCGGCGCCCGCUGCUCCGGCAAGUCGUACUCGACCAACUCCAGCGCCAGGAGCAGGACAUCAGCGCUCGCCAUCGGCUGGAGCAGUGCCGCCGCCAUCCGUGCUGCCAGUGAUGAAGCCGACCACGAAACCUCCACCACCACCUCCGCCAGCGUCGCGUCGUGCCCCUCCGCGACCACCUCCAUCACGCCAAUCGCGUCCUGUGCAUGCACCACCAGUACUGCCCAGCCGCGAUCACACGCCCGUUGCUGUUGCCGCGCCCCCUUCGCCCGAGCCGCCACAGCCUCCACCAACCCCUGCGCGCCAUGUGCAGGCUGCUCCUCCACCACCCCCUCGUCCCUCGUACGGACCUCCGUCGUCGAGCGCUGCACCCCCACCUCCACCUCCUCCAAUCCGUGGUGCCUAUGUCCCCGCUGUUGCUCCCCCCCCUCCACCACCCCCACCAUUCCAGCCAUCGUCUACUGCCCCACCUCCACCGCCGCCUCCACCCACUGGUGGAUUCAGCUCUGGUGGCGGUCCUCCUCCUCCCCCACCGCCUCCUCCCUUGAGCGGCUCUGGUGGCCCUCCUCCCCCUCCCCCUCCACCCCCCAUGGGAGGCACUGGUGGUCCUCCACCCCCACCACCUCCACCACCCCCAGGAGGUGGCGCUCCAGGAGGCGGAGCACCCAACAUUGCACUUCCAACCAACGCCGGUGCAAAUGGACGUGUCAACCUGUUGGAGAGUAUUCGAGGGGCAGGAGGUAUUGGCGCACUGCGCAAGACUGGUGCUCACGAAGGUGCAGCUUCGUCAUCGCCUUCGAGAGGCGUUCCCCCUCCGCCGCCGCCUGUGGCCGAGGAUGAUGGUAAUGGCGGCAAUUUGGCGUCGGCUUUGGCUGCAGCACUGCAGAUGCGAAAGUCGCGCGUUGCGGGCAGCGACGACGAGGACGAGAGCGACGACGAGAACUGGGAUGACUAAAAGCCAAACUUGUUCCGGGGACUUUGGCCAAUGGAAGACCAGCUCGAUACCAGUGAAUGAUUACAAAAAAAAAAAAAAAAAACCUC